AUGAAAUAUAGUAGUGCUGUUUGAUGAUGAUGAUGUCGUCGAGGAACGUGAGUGCUGGUGAUGCAAUCCCGAAUUUCGUCUGCGUCUUAAUGAUUGGCUCGGUGUUUCUUACUGUCGUCAAUACUCAAGCCACUCUCGGUUCAGCAUCUUCACACGAUGAACUGUUGAAAACACUCUUGGACGGCUACAACAAGUUGGACAAGCCUCCAAACUUCGUGACAGUCAACUUUGGGUUGGCAGUCAUUGGUUAUGACGUGGACGAAAAACAGAGGACUUUGAACCUGCACACGUGGCACAGACUGGCAAGUACUGCUAGGUGGGAGGACAGGAGGUUCGUGUGGGAUCCAAAGGACUUUGGGGGUCUCCAAGUUUUGAGAGUCCCCUCGUCUCUGGUCUGGCUUCCGGAUGUCACACUCAUCAAUGAGCACAAAGAAAGGAGUGGGAAUGGCAGAAGCAUGGUGAGCAACAAGCAGGAGCAGAAUGUGCUGAUCUACAACAAUGGUGAAGUCUUGUAUAUGCCAGUCAUGUACUUCUCAGCUCUGUGUGGAAAAGGGGACAUGCGCACCACUGAGUGGCCAUUUGGACACCAGACUUGCUCCCUGGCAUUUGCCUCAUGGACUUACCCUGGCACCCAACUGGGCCUGGCGCUGCCCACCAACAACUACACCUCUGACUUCCAAGACGUGCACUUGAGGGGCAAUUGGGUCAUCCAAGACAUUGGAUGGCACCUGAGAGACACUUUGGACAUGACCAGUCUGCCACUUCCAGGACAUGCCAUGGUUGAGGUCACUUUUGCCAUUCAAGGAAAUUGUGACAAGUUCUUGGCCACUCUGCAAGGACCUCUGAUUGCUGCCCUCAUGCUCAUGCUGGCCUCACUGUGGAUGCCUCCUGCACUCACACUCGCUGUGGCCGUCUUCAACACAGCCGUCAUCUUGGGCCUGUUCACUUACUACUCCAGCUACUUGCCUGUUGACUACGAGGAGCCACUUCUAUAUUCAGCGAUGGUCACGUACAUGAAGAGCCUGCUGAUGACGCAGGCAGUGGUGGGCAUCUGGACCCUGCUGCUGGUGCCGGCGAGUCGCGCAGUGGCCCAGGGCCUGGCCCGCAGUGUCCGGGCCAGGAUGAAGGCCGUCUUCCUGUCCACAUUCGCCGCCUUCGAUCCCUUCCAGCAGCAGCAUCAGCAUCAGGACGCCACCACCAUCAUGGCGUCAUCGUGGUCGCCUCAUCAUCAUCAUCAUCAUCAUCAUUAUCCACGCGACGACUGCAUCAGGGAUGAAGAGGACGCCACUGCUGCUCUGAUCCUCGCGUCGGGACAGGCGGUCAUGUUCUGCGUGGCCACCGUGGCGGCCCUCGUCGCACACUGUCGUUUUCUCUACUAUCCCUACUACCGGCACUAUUACGACACGGAAUCAACUGUUUAAUAUGCAGUACAUACUGGACCCUCAGUUAACACAACUUUGGUUUUUGAGGGAAAAUAUGCCUCAUCAGUUAACACACCAAAAUUCAGUCAACAAACUGUUUUUUUUUCUGGGAAAAUAUGCAGAUUUCGAUUUUAAGGUUGAAAUUUAUGGCGCAAUAUCCAUGUGCAAAUAAUUCACCUAUACAGUACAUGCACUGAUAUGAAAGUUCUUUCCUUCUGGCACUCUAAUAAAGUGUUCCCCGACUUUUUUUUAUUGGCCUGUGGACGAAAAAUUUUCUAAACAUUCAUAAAGGUUUCAAAAUACUGUAGAAAGGUGGGCUUGAAGAAAGGUUUCUCAGACUGAAAAGGUUAAGCUAAUUUAUUUUAGCAUGUGAAUAUUUUUUCAAGUGUAAUUAGGAAAAAAGCCAACUUAUGUUUUCUUAUUGAGAUGAUUUCAACUACAGUACCAUUUGUUUUUCUGAGAUUGCAGAUGAUCUACUUUUCUCUAUUUAUCAUGCUUCAAAAAUUUCUCUGAAUACAGUACUGACAAAAAACGUUUGUGGACUGGUGCUGCUGGUCUGUGAAGUCUAUGGAUAAAAAAAAAAAAAAUGGUUGACAAACUGUUGUCUGGAACCAAUCAAGUUUGUUAACCAGGGGUCCCCUGUAUUCUCAAUGUAAUUCACAGUACUGUAUAAACACAGCCAAUGCCCAAAUUAAUACAUUUCUGCAUGAUGCUGCAAA